AGAAUUUAUUUUAAGAAAAUCGGCAGAUCUCACGAAAGUUGUCAUAACAUGGACGAAAUUGAAAAAGAAAAAAUUGCGGCUCUACCAUCGCAAUUAUUAGUUACUACAAUAUGCCAUCCAAUGGAAUAUGCAAAGAUACUUAUUCAGCUGGGGUACGAGCCUUUACCUCCGCGGCGUUCCACAACACUUUUUGGUCGGCCUGCCAUGAUAUUACCUAACGUUUUUCAAUAUAUUAAGUUUAUAAAGAAAUCAGACGGAUUCUUCGGAUGUUACAGAGGAUUAUCAGCAAGAGUUCUCGGUUUGGUGGCAUCUAGUCAACUAUCUGUAAAAGUGAUACAUGCGUGUGGUAUUGAUCUGCCUGAAAUUGACGAUCCUCCUAAUAUUGUUACGGAUGAAGAACCCAAGAUUGAAGAUUAUUACAAGUUGGGUCGGCGCGAUAUAAUCAUGCACACCGCUUCAGUAAUAGUGUCAUAUCCAUUCCAUGUUAUAUCUGUCAGAAUGAUGGCAUCAUUUAUUGGUAAGGAGGAAGACUACAGUUCUUUAGUGAGAGCUAUUGUUUCAAUAUACAGAGAUGAUGGUCUUCUUGGAUUCUUUCAUGGUGUCAUACCCAAGUUGCUUGGAGAUUGGACAUGUGUAGCCCUUACUGGAGUAUUGGCUUACUAUGUAAACAAAUAUAUUGUGAAAACAAAGGACCUCAGAUACUAUACAGUUCCUCUUUUGACAUUUGUGACCAGCACAUUGACAUAUCCAACAAUGGUUGUGUCAACUUGUAUGGCUGUUGUAGGGAGUAGUUUGAAGGCUGGAAACCCACCAAUGAUGCCUAACUAUCCCUCAUGGCAGCAUUGCUGGAAAGACUUGAUAAGAAACAAACAGCACAAAAGAGGAUCUUCUCUUAUCUUUAGGUAUUACAUUGCUCCAAUAGCAGCAAUGCAGUAAUCAUAACAAAAAACUACUUUUGCAUUUAUCUUUUAUUUACUAAGUUUUCCAUAGUCACCAAAGUAGAUAUUUUAGCUGUUGUAGAAAAAAAAGAUAUACAAUUGUUAAAUGUAAAUAAUUCAGACUAAAUAAAUGGUGUAUUAUGUGAAUUUAUUCAUGUUAAACUUUCAAUGUUGAGUCAACAUUAUAUAUAAAUAAAGAUAUUAGAGUA